UGUGCCUCUGCUGGCUGAGGGGUCACUCGUUUCUGCAUAAAGCUGAUCGUGCACUACAGUGACCAGUGUCCGGGAGCGGAGUCACGUCGCAUUCAGCGCGGAGAGUCUCUAGGGACCCCUCCUGGACGAGCUGCCAUAUAAAACAGUGACUCGCCCCUCCCGGACAAAGUGAGAUCCAGUCUGGUCCGACGCGCUUGUGCUGCGUUUCAUGGAUGCUUCAGCAGUUCAGCAUCCUCAGCCCUGCCCAGCUCAGCGGAAUUAACACGGGACGAAUCUGAGCGCCGUCUCCUCUUGUAGGAACCUGCACACUACCUAUAGUAUACUAGAUUGUCGGGAGACCCACCAUGGCGAACAGAGGGCCCAGCUAUGGCCUGAGCCGGGAGGUGCAGGAGAAGAUUGACCAGAAGUAUGACCCCGACCUGGAGCAGCGGCUGGUGGACUGGAUAGUUGCACAGUGUGGGGGAAACUUGGAGAAACCACAGUCGGGCAAGCAGAACUUCCAGAAGUGGCUCAUGGAUGGAACAAUUCUCUGUAGACUCAUCAACAGCCUCUAUCCCAGAGGAAAGGAACCCAUCAAAAAGAUCCCAGAGACCCAGAUGGCCUUUAAACAAAUGGAGAAGAUCUCCCAGUUCUUGCAAGCAGCAGAAGCUUAUGGAGUCACGACCACGGACAUCUUUCAAACUGUGGACCUCUGGGAAGGAAAGGACAUGGCAGCAGUGCAAAGGACCCUAAUGGCUCUGGGGAGCGUUGCAGUCACAAAGGACGACGGUCAAUACAGGGGUGACCGAGACUGGUUUCACAGGAAAGCCCAGGGGUAUCGACGAGAGUUCACCGAAGAGCAGCUGCGUCAAGGACAGAGUUUGAUUGGCCUGCAAAUGGGCAGCAACCGCGGGGCUUCCCAAUCUGGUAUGACAGGCUAUGGUAUGCACCGUCAGAUCAUGUAGACCACUUACUAGCUAACCCGUUCCCCUGCUUCCAGACCUUAUUUUCUACUAAUACCACAAAUGUUGUAGCCCCAAAUCUUUCCUACGCUAUGUAGCACCUGCCAUGUUAACCUCAGUUUCCCUGGAAUUGCUGCUUUUGCCAGACAGAGUGUUCUAUCCACACCCUAAAAGAAUGAUGUCAGAUACUGUAGAUCUCCUUCUUCAAGCUCUCCUCUUCCCCUCGUCCCUGUUGUCAUGUGCUGUACCCUUUCUAGCAAUGUUAACUCUGUUUUCUUACUUUCCAUGUUCAGUUGUUUACUUAAUGUGGAGCUCAGUCAUUCCACAUUACUUCAGUCUCAUGAAGAUUUUGAUUUCUAUACAAGCCAUCAGUAUUUUACAAAUAUGUACAGAAAUACUGUAAUCCACUGUUACAGCAUGCGGUAUGCGAUGUAUUUAUAUUUAUGUAUACAUUUAUUUACAUUUACUCUGGUCAUUUUAUGAUGGUCUGUUACUAGGUUGUUAUUAUUUAGCCUUAAACCUAAUGGAACUCAAUGACUGACGAUGUCUCUGCUAUCUUGUCUGACGACUUGUUGCAGCAUCCUCUGUAACCAAAUCAACCUCACGUUGUGCCUGGUUAUGGGACUACAAAGACUUGGUCCUGAUAUACUGGCCUGAAAUUAUAAAUGAGUGUCAUUCAUUCUGAGCCAUGCCCUUGUUAUUUGUUAGAUUAUAUAUUUGUCCAUACUGUGUCUACAUUGUGUAAAACAAGCAAGUAAAUGUGCAGUAUUGCAACAUGUAUGACAGUGAAGUUUCCAUUUCUGGUGUCAGGUAAAAUACAUUGCUUGAAUGUGCACUUUUAUGUGAGUUAUGUUUAUAUUUUUUAAAUAUAUUUAUAUCUGGAAGCUUGUAAGAAGAAUUCUUGAAGAAAUAAAGUAUGAGAAAAUA